GAUUCAAUUGAAUUUGUCAGAAUAAUAACAUUCAACCCUUUCUCUCUCUCUUUUAAUUUUCUACGCACCCCCCAAGGCCCCAAUCCCCACCCCCACCCCCACCCCCACCCAAAUACAUUCAACCCUAUCUCCCCUUCCAGGCUUCCACCACCAUUAUCGACUAUGGAGUAUUCCUCUCUCAACACCAAAUCAUCCGCCCUCUAAUUUACACCCACUGAACAAAACAACCAAUCAACACAAUCACUGUUGUAAAUUUAAUUAUUGUAUCAAAUCAUCAUCAUUAUAUUGUAUUCAUACAAUUAUCUUGGUUUAUAUUCAUAUUUUCCGAGGAUUUUUCUACCUCCAAUAAAGGUUGUAAACAUAUUUGUUCGUUCUUCAUAGGCCCAGCGUGGUCGCCCCUCCUGCCCUGUGUCAGGGACGGGCUUGCUUAUUUCGUAGGUGCUCUCAAGAAUGGCUUGUGUAGAUCCUUCGAACAUGACUUGCAAUGCCAACAUGAAGAAAAUCUUACCUUUGGAAGACAUGGACAAUUUGGAAGGCGUGGAUCGAAUCAGUGAGUUGCCAGAAGAUAUCAUGCUGACCAUACUUUUUCGACUAGAGAUGAAAGAGGCAGCCAAAACUAGUAUCCUGUCAAAAAGAUGGAGGUGCAUUUGGACCAACUGGACUGAUUUUGACUUUGACUGUUUAGAGAUAUUCCCAGAAUGUAAGUAUAAUGAUGUUCCAAAGCGGAUUGAAGCAGUUAAAUAUAUUAAUUGGGUUAAUCAGGUAAUAAGGCUGCAUAGAGGCCAGUCUAUCAAUAAGUUUAGGGUCCAAUUUGGCUUUUAUGAAAGGCCGGUGCAUCAUAUUGACAGAUGGGUUAAACUUGCUUUGGCAAAGAAAGUGAAGAACCUGGAGCUGGAGAAACUGGAUUUGCCAUUGUAUGACUGUCCAUGUGAUACUUACACUCUGAAGCCUUCAUUGUUUGAAAGCGGCAUCAGUUUUCUUACUUGCUUGCGUUUGAUUGGUGUUGAUGUUAGUGGAGAGUUGCUUGAAUUUUUUUUGACAGAAUGCCACCAUUUAGAACAGCUUGUUGUAGACGGCUCUGACACACUUGUGAGCUUGAAGGUUGCGUCUUUCAAAUUGAAACAAUUGUCAAUACGCUAUUGUGAUUCAUUGAAUAAACUUGAAAUUGAUGCUGUGAAUCUUAGUUAUUUGGAUUAUGUUGGCAAGCCGAUUAUUGAGUUCAAAAGUUUGCCAUUAUCACUUGCUGAAGCAGCUUUUGAUGGAGAAUGUUGUCGUGCCACAACUCCAAUAUGUCAGCAAAUUGCUUGUUUUGCCAUGCAACUAUCCAAAUUUUCUGUUAGCUUCAUGAUGUAUUUACUACCGGGUGUCAUUUGUAAUAUUCCUGCUAAAAGUCUUCCAUGCUUCAGCAACUUGAAAUUUUUGGUGCUGACUUAUUGGCUUGAUUCGAUAGUUGACCUUCCUAGUAUCAUAAGAUUAUUAGGGGCAUGCCCGGUGUUGUGUGAAUUCAAGCUGCAGGUUUGUUGGAUUAGUGCAUGUAUGCCAGAGGAGGCUUGAGUGUUGCAGGGAUUGGAGCCCUUAUCAUUGAUGAACCCGCGAGAGGGCAAUAAUCGCAACAGUUAUAUUUAUGAUCAUAGUUUGGAAGAGGACAAGAUAGAAUACAAAGCUUUACCAUGUCUGAGGGUUUUCCAACUUGUUGGGUUUGUUGGAGGUGACGAUGAUUUGAAUUUGAUACUAACCAUAUUUGAUAUGGCCGUCCAACUCCAUAGCUUCAUAUGUCACCCUUUAAAGCCCUUAGUCGGGGUUAUUACAGAGGAUGCGGCUCAUGAAUCUAGAAGCCGUGCAACAAAGCUUCAAAGUUUUAUUCCACCCAAAGUGAACUAUGUUAUCACCAACACUUAUAAUGUUGUGGAUUUGAUGUAAAACCUUUGUGUUCUUGUAAACUUUUAAGUGUGUUAUUAAUUACUAGGGUUUCAACCCGUGCGGUGCAGUGGUGCAAGGGUUUUGUCUGUAUUUCAAGUUCGAUGUGAAAGAUAUUGAUUUUAAUUAUAAAUAAUAUGAUAUGUACAUAUUUCAAUGUGGCCUAUUACAAACAA